AUGAAAAAUCAAAUUUUACAAGAUAUCCAUGCAGAUUUGUGGAUUUAUCACAUUUUCUCCAAUUUACGAUAUUUGGAUUUCAUUUCGAUUCGAUUAACUUGUAAAACUUUUUACAAAUAUUUAGAAAAUUCUCCAACAUCAUCGAGCCGCUACCAUGCAUUCAAAGCCUUUUCCAAACUCGUCCAUAAUCCACGAGCUCAAGGUUAUUUAUUUAAUAUCAGUGAUCAUGUGGGGCUAAUGCCAUAUUCUCGUUCUCAAUAUUCAACUCCUUAUUAUGCAUCCCGAUAUUCAUCCAUGGAUUGGUAUUAUUUGAAUUGUGAGGAAUUUGAAUACAUCAUAUGGAUGAUUCCGGAUCAUGUUUUAAAACGUGUUUGGGGCAAUCUCACCAAGAAAUUAAUAUAUAAGGCUCGUGUUGAGCUUUCUCCCAAUUACGAUAGGCAAACUUCAAAAUUUAAUGAUUUCCUUCAGACGAUACGGACUUGGGUCAAACACAAACCUCAAGUCUACAUGAUCAUUCGGGAGUGGGUCUGUGAGAGAACGGAUGAACUCGAGUUGGAAUUGACGAGUGAUUUUCAAACCAUGUUGUCAUUGAUUCAUGUAGGAGGAGCUCCCUUCCAAUUAGCAGCACUUUCUCUCAAACAAGACAAAGAAUUUGUUUUGAAGGCUUUGGAUUAUGUGGAUAUUAGCUUGAAGGAGCUUUCUUCCGAAUUGCACUAUGAUUAUGAUAUUGUGUUGAAGGCAGUGCAACGAGAUCCCACGAAUUAUGUGUACAUUCCACAUCAACUCAAGUCCAACAAGAUAUUGGUCUUGGAAAUGAUCCGCAAUGCAUACAAGCUCAAAAAACCAAUGAGUGGUCUUCUCUCGAACAAGUCCUUCAUUGAAAUCUUUGAAAAGAAUGUGAUACCUCUUCAUAGGUCCGAUUGUGACGUGGUCGAGUUGGCCAUACGACAAGAUCCUCGUGCUCUCUCGUACGCCUCUGAAUCUCUCAAAAAGAAUAAGCCAUUUAUCAUGUUGGCUCUCUCAAUUUCUAGUUUGUGCAUUGCCUAUGCUGCACUGGAUCUCACUCAUGAUCGAGAUGUUUGUUUAUUGGCACUUCGAAAUGCAGGUCCAAACAAACACAUCAUUCUUCGUCACAUUAACAGUUUACUGUAUUUUGAUGAAGAUUUUUUGAAAGAAUGUGUUACCAUCGAUGGACUAACUCUCUCCUAUGCUCCUACUGUUGAAAUGACGAAAAAUAAGGAAAUUGUUCGAAUGGCCCUCAAACAAAAUGGAUUGGCCUUACAGUAUGCUCAUUCAUCAUUGAGAGAUGACGAAGAAAUGGUCAGAGAAGCAAUCGAGCAAGAUGGAGAAAGUAUCAUGUAUGCUUCCGAGGCAUGUAGAAACAAUCCAGAGAUUGUACGCCUUGCCUUAACACGGAGUAAGAUGGCUCUCAUGUAUUGUAGUGAGAGACUACGAGAAGAUGAAAGCACAGUCAUGUAUGCAGUGUCUUGUCAUCCGAGUAGCUUUAAAUUUGCUUCUGAAAAGUUGAAGCAAGAUUCUGAGUUUCGACAGAGAUUGUUGAACAUUUGUCCUGAUAUGAAAUUUGAAGAAUUUGGAGGAAGAAUAUUGUAA